GUCUGGUUGGCUACAGCCGAGAUGUGAAACCGUGCUCCAGAUCAUCCGCACGUGUACACGCGAGGAGACCUAGCACUUGUCUGGUGUAGUGGGUGACUUGCAUUCUCAGAAUAUGUCAUGAAAGCAGGCCAAGCCUAAAUAUAGGGCUACCUACCUCAGUCGUGCCCUCAAUAACAAACACAUAAAGUGCUAGCCUGCAAGGGCAGAGGGUCUCUGAGCUGUUUUUCAAGGAAAGUUUUCAGCCAUGGAGACUCUUGACCAAAUGGAUGAAGACCAACUAAUUGAUUAUGCAGUACGAUUGAGUAUUCAGGACUCCAAAUUCCCAUUUCUCAGUUCAGUUGAGAGCUUUCAUUCAGUCAGUGAUGAAAAUAUAAAGAUUCUGAAAGCCAUUGAAGAAGGUGAUGUGCUUGCAUUGAAGCGGCUGUCCCGCCGGUCCUCUGCCUUUAAGGAGAGGGACAGCAGGGGGUGGCUACCCAUGCACGUGGCCGCCGUCCAGCCCAUGGUCCAAGUCCUAGACACAGUGUUGAUAGCUUCUCACGAGAUGACCAUGGAGGCCAAGACAGCAGAUGGAGACACUGCCCUGCUGCUGGCUGCCAGGGCUGGCUUUGUGGAGAACGUCAACCUCCUCCUGCAGCACGGAGCCUCCCCACACAACACCAACGAGCUCAACGAGAGCCCCCUCCUCUUAGCGGUGAGGAACGGCUCCUAUGACAUGGUGCAGCUCCUGAUCAUAGGCGGGGCCUUCGUGCAGCAGGUGUGCCUGAAGAGCUGGACGGCCACCCACGAGGCGGCCAAGGUGGGCUGCUGUGACAUCCUCCUGAUGCUGCUGCGCCACGGGGGACAGGUCAACGGCAGGGACGGCCACGGGGUCACGCCCCUAGGGGUCGCCGCCGAGUACGGCCAGCCCGGCGUCCUGCGGAUGCUCAUCGAUCAUGGUGGCGAUGCAACUGCACAGGCUCGCAAUGGGGACUCCGUCCUGUAUGACGCUGCAGGUUCUGGGAAUCUGGACUGUCUAAACCUGCUCCUGGAGCAUGGGGCCAACCCCAAUGCGCACAGCAUGUGCUCUCAGCUCCCCAUCCACAGAGCAGCAUACGAGGGACAUUACCUGGCCCUGAGGACGCUGAUCCCCAUCACCACCAAGAGGGCCAUCCGCAUCUCGGGCAUGAGCCCCGUGCACUCGGCGGCGGACGGGGGCCACCACGACUGCCUGGAGCUGCUGAUAGAGCGCGGCUUCGACGUCAACCCCCUGCUGGAGGACUUAAUCUCCCAAAACUACGGCGACAUGCGCCGCACCCCGCUCUACUUCGCCGUCUCCAACGCCGACGUCAUGUGUGCCGAAACGCUGCUCCUGGCCGGCGCCCAGUCGGACCAGGACCCGCUGCGGUGCCUCCUAGUCGCGGUGCGGGCCAAGAACUACGAGCUGGUGCGGCUGCUCCUUAAACACGGAGCAGAGGUCAACUGUUACUUCUCGGGGUUGUGCAGCACGAGGUUCCCCACGGCGCUGCAGUUCUGCAUGAAGGACGAGGUGAUGAUGAGGCUGCUGUUGAAUAACGGGUUCGACGCUCAGAGCUGCUUCUGCUGUGACCACCGCGAAGGGUGGCUGCAGGCGGCCGUGUGGAAGGAAGUGCACAACAUGUUGUACAGUUACUACGGCGACUCAGAGAAGCUAUCUUUCUGCGAUUUCGUCAGUGUGUCCUCGCUGGCCCCCUCUGCCGGCCAACUGGUCCUCGUCCUGCUAGACUACGUGCAGCAUGUCCCCCUGUGUCACAAGCUCCAGGCCAUCCUGGAACGGCAGAGGGAGUGGCCCGAGAUUUGUCACACACUGAGGAACCCACGGUCGCUGCAGCACCAGUGCAGACUGCUCAUCAGGAAACUUGUGACCCCGAGGAGACUCAGCGACCCAGAUUUCAUGGAGACGGUCCCAUUUCCCCCGACGCUCAAGAACUAUCUCAUGUACCGGGAGUACGAUAUAUAUGGAAACAUGUAAUUGAAGAGUUAAGAUGCAAAACCCCCUAAAUCCAUUUCUGAAAACCUGUACUUCUAUAUUUUUAGAGAACCCCGUUGUUGGUUUGGUUUACAUUCAUGUACUUGAUAAUACAUAUUAAUAGUUAUAUUACAUAAAUACAAUAAAAAAAUGUGCAAUUUUGAUAGCUUUGUAUUAAAUAAAAAUGAAUUAAGAUUAUUUUCUGAGAAGGCAUUUAGGGGGUUUUGCAUCUGAACUCUUCAAUUGAAGGAAAAAAAUUACUUUUUUUACUGAGUUAGUAGUAGUGAUUUUGCACAUAGUGAGAUAGGGGUUGUUUCGCGGGUAUGAAAGACCCUUCUUGUGGAACAAGCAAAGAGAGCUACCAGGAAAUGGAUAGCGACGUUAUUUUCAAUGAUUUAUGAUCAGGUGCCAUAAUAUUUAGUAGAAAAUGAAAUAUCUAUUUUACAUUGGAAACACAGGCCUUAAUUCCCUCUAGAGUAUUUUAGUCUUGUAUUGCAUUUUUUAUGUUUUACUCUAUUUUUUACGUGUUGCCAUAUGAAGAAGUAGCGUUCUUCUGUAGGCCCCUUACAGUAUGUUUGUUGCUAUCAGUUUUACUCACAUGAUGUAAAUAGUUCUCUAAUUGACAUACAGUACGUGGUCAUACAGCCAUGAAUGCCAUAGCAAAUGAAAGUAGAGUUGGGUUCAUGCAAGGUGACAUGCUUGCAAAGUCUGCUUCAACGCACAAGAACUGUGAAAAAGGAUUUUUACAAUUCUUUCUUUGCUAUUUAUUGGGCGUGCAUGACAUUUUAUAUGACGGACCCUCAUGUGUGAAUGUAGAAAUGAUUCUGAAGAAGACAUUGAAGUGAGGUAGCAUUAAAAAGUUUGUAAAAAGUUGUAAAUGUGUGAUUGUAAAAAGGUAGCUUUAUAUGACUGAGUUCACUCAUCAUCAUCAACUAUGCUAUGGUGCAGCAAUGUUUCGUGUUCAAAAUAAAAACAUGUUUAUACACA